AUGAUGAUGACCAUUGCGAGGCGGGGGGGAUUCUCCUGGCCUGAAAGGGUAGGGGUCCAGGGCGCCGUCUCUAUCGCGAACGCCGUCUCUAUCGCGGAUGCCCUCUCGAUCGGGGGUACGGAUGAGAUCGACCUGGACCUCCAAGAUCGUCGGCUACGGACGACAGUGAAAUACCCCGCGUUCCAGGCGACGCCUCACACAAUCACGGGCCUUUUGGAGCUCAAUUCAGACUUCUUGCUGGAGGAAGGCAAAGGCCAGCUCGCAGACGUAACGGCGAUAGUCAUUGCAUCUCCUUCGCUGGAGGCGCAAUUGGAGGCGCUGUUGGUCAGUACCGUCCAACCCUGUCAGGUGUGGGUGGCGAUGCCCGCCAUGGAGACAGCAGAAAACCUCGCGGUGACGAGCACCUAUCAGAAGAGCAACCGGUUCGGGAAACGCCUCCAUCUCGUGAAAUCCGACUUUUUUUCCGACGGGGCCCCCGGAGUGGUAGGGGGGGGGGGGCGUGGCAGCGGGGGAGAUGGAAGAUUUUUCGACGUGAAAACCGGGAUGUUUCAGCUGUCAAUGCAAGCCGACACCACGUUCAUCUGGUUGAUGGAACCUGACGUGCUGCCUGGCUCGAGGUUCCUGUACCUUCUCAUGCACGUCUCUAUGGUUAAGGACAUGGCGGGAGUGUACGGCAGCGAGGGAGGCGUGAUGCCCGCCGCGCAAACGCGACAUCGGAGCGAUACAAGCGCCUCCUUCGACCGAGGGGCGACGACCCCGUUCGCCCUGUGGGAUACCCCGACCUCCUCCGCACGGCAUCAAGAACAAGAACACCGACACCUGUCCGACGCCGCCGACGCCGUUCCUUCGGGCGAAGAAGCAGCAGCGGGGGCCCCGCGGAUACCAGUCGACGGCGACGAGGGCGGGGGGGUGGCGUUGGGUUUGGGGGGAGCGGCUGUGUCGGGCACGGCUGUGUCGGUGCUGUCUCCCGCGGACGUGCUGUUUUCGCAGUGGUUCCUUCACAAGGACCUCAUAAGGCUGCUCUUCCGAGAGAAGUGGGCGGGGGUCGCGUCCGGGAACGGGGGCAAGGGCGGGCCUGCGGCGCUCGCCCUCUCGUACAGCCUGAGGCGGUACGCCGGCGUCCCAAGCUACGUGCUACCCUCGGACCCUGCCCUCCCAGAGUACAGCGGGAACAUGUCAGCCGGGCUGCCCCCCGGCAAGCUUGACAUCCAGGGUAUCAGCAAAGCAGCAGAAGCAGCCGCGGUAGCAGCGGGAUUCGCUCGCCGAAAGAAAACGUUCCGGCGGCGGACCAGAGACGCCCCCGACCAAUCGAGGAGAAGGCUAGCCAGAGAUGGUGCUGUUGCUGCCUCUGCCCCCGAUCAAUCGAGGCGAAGACUAGGCAGCCUCGCGUCGCCAUCGGACCGAAACUCGAGAGCGUUACAGGCGGCCAGCGGCGGCCGCGGCGAUGCUUCUGCUAGAGGAGACACCGACGGUUCGCCCUCCUCGCUUGUGCGGCGGCUGGACGAACCGCAGCUGCGGGCGCAGUUCCGAGACCUCUCGGCGAGGGGGGGGCAGUUCUUCCGAACCGCCGACCACUCCCCCGAGGACCUGGUGCUCAUCGUCGUGGACGGCCGGGACCAGGCGGAGUUACUUGGGCCUCUCUACCGGCAGAUCGUGGAGGGGGGCGGGGCAGCCGCUUCGGGUGGCGCAGAGGUGUUUAUCGUUUUGAUAACGCAUGGCCCCGACAGUGUCGGAGAUGAGACAUCCCCACAGCAACAGCAGCAAGAGGCUCUUGGAGCCCCCCCUGUGCGUACGACAGCUCGCCGCGACUGCAGAGAGGUAGCCGAGGCACUAGGUGUGUCCCCGUCGAAGACGCCAGCAGACGGCGGCAGCAGCAACAACAACGCCGGUCGAAGCAAAACGGGUGGGGGUAACGGGGACAUGAACCACCUAAUACAGCGACCCAGGGGGCUCGGUGAAGUGUUCGGCGAGGGGAAGGGGGGGGGAGAGACGAGGUGGGACCAGCUUACCAGGUGGCUGGGUGGCAAGGCGCAAGGGUCGGACGAGAUGAGAAGCCACCGCUUCCUGACCCCCGAGGAGUUCUGCCUCGGACACGCCUUCGGGGUUUUCCACGUGCGGGUAGGACAAGACUACAGGCAGGCGGCGGGAAGACCACUGGACCCCUUCUUGGAAGUCUAUCACGGGCUUUCGGAGGUGCUCCAGUUGACUGCGCCCAAAAUCGUGGCCUACAUCGACGCGCCCCAUGAGCAUGAAGUACUUCCAAGCGGCGAGGCGAAGAAGAAGAAGAAGGGCAGACCCACCGCGCUGGACGCAAUGUUGGCGGCUCCGUCGGACUAUGCUCCGGAGGAGACGGUGGUGAGGGCCGUGGAGGCGGCGGUGAGGAGCGCAGGGGGGGGAGGGUCUACCCCCCGUCCGAUCGGGAUGCCGCUCCCGGGCGGUGCCGCCGCUGGAGCGGAGGCCGCGAAGGUGCUAGCGUAUCUCCCCGGGGGGUCCCUGGAGCGAUGGAAGAAGCCGGCCAUCACCCUCGUCCUUGUUCAUUCCACCCGCGAGCCCGCCACCAUGCUGUCGCGGUCUCUCUGGGCCCUCUCUGAGGCCUACUACGUGGGGGACAGCGUGGAGUUGCGGCUUGUGCUAGACCCCAGAGCUGUGGGGGACCCCAUGAUCGACAAGAUUGUGAGGGAUUUCGAAUGGAAGUGGGGAAACUUGGACGUGACCUACUCCUCGGAACCUUUCGGCACCAUCAACGGAGGCAGCGGCGGCGGUGACUCCGAGCUUCCCGCCGGACUCGCUGCUCUAGAGGCGUUUGGCGGCCCCGGGAAACACAGUCACAUCAUCCCCAUGUUCUCCGGAGCCCGUCCGGACCCCAACUUCUACGCCUGGCUCAAGGUCGCCGUCAUGAACGAAGGCUACGCCCCCCGUCCCGUCCCGGGCCUGCCGCUGGAGUCCUGGCCUCUCCAGCGCUCCCUGGGGCUUGGCGACGGCAGCAAGAACUAUGAAAACAAUCCUCCUCCGGGGAAAGGAGACCUCAUGCGAAGGAGAACCCCCGCCGACGUCAUGCAAAUGUGGGGAAAAUUCCUAGCGCUGUCCGUGGACGUCCCGCAGGGCCCGUGCCCGGACGACGAUCCUGGGGGUCCCGCGGGUUGCUCGCGGAUGUGGAUGUACGGGAGCGAGGCCUGGGGCGCGCUUAGGGAGCGCUGUCGGGCUGGCUUAGCUGUCGCUGGUGCUGGGGAGGCGGGGGGUGAGCGUGGACGGCCAGGGGAGUUGCAGCCGCUAGAGGUGGCGUGUGCGGUGGGGGACGUGGCGAAUAGGGGGGACGACUGGGGGCUGGAGGCUGUGCACGUGUGUGGGGCAGGGCCGCGGGGGGAUGGGGAGUGGCAGCGUGCGCGUGUUUGGGAGGUGUACCCUCUCCAGCGAGGGGGCUAGCACACGCGCGGUUGAGGGCCUCCUCUUUGUCGUUGUUGUCGCCUUGCUGUUGCCUCAAGUUGUGCGGGAUUCCUUCUCCUUCUCCUUCUCGUUGAAUCAUCAUCGUUUUUGUAGUAUAGCUCGUGGAUGGGUGGAGGGGUGUGUGCCUGCGUUGUCCCUGCAAGAAGCGACAGGUCAGGAUACGUGAUACGUGGUGCACAACGUAUCUUUCCCGCCGCUGACAGCAAACAGCACGUUUGACAACACGCAUUUCACAAUACGGCAAAAGUGUCCCGUACGGGGCGUUUUUCCACGUCGGAGAUGAUGGCGUCACGCGAGUUGUUAUCGUCUCGGUUUUGGCUUUUUUUUUUUAUGAUUACCCUGUUGGACCCUUGUCCUGUGGUCUUGCAUAAAACUUGAUACCAACAACUACCCGGCGUAUGGGCUCGUUCCGCCGGUUAACAGCCAGUAGUGGGCGAUGGAGAGGAAGGGAGAGGGAAAACGGCUACACACACCAGUGAAUGCGUGAUAUCCCUCCUCGGUGUAGUGUUUGUUUGAUUGCGAUGGCACGGCUGGGUGUAAAGUAGUGCACUGCGGAUUCUCUGUUGUGUAGAGAGACGGGCAGGUCGGUACAGGCGGGGACGAUGCAAGUGCUCCCCCGCACCAAUUCGUUGGUACAGUGGGGACACUGCAUGGUUCCGUUUGAGCAUUCGCGCACUCUUGUGUGGGAGUAUAUAUUAUUGGUGCUUGGUUGAUUUCGUCUCUUUGUUAUGGUAGGAGGUUGCGUUCGCUUCCCAUGUCGU